CAAAUGUCUAACGAUAACCGUAAACCCACUAUUGCUAUUAUUGGUGGAGGGUUCAGUGGAAUAUUUUCUGCUAUCCGAGUCAAAAAAGAGCUUGGUAUUCAACCCCACAUCUUUGAAGGAUCAAAGGACUUCGGCGGAACUUGGCAUUUAAACACAUAUCCAGGUUGUGCCUGUGAUGUUCCUUCUCACUUGUACUCAUUGAGCACCGACUUAAACCCCUACUGGUCGAAGAAGUACAGUCCUCAGAGUGAAAUCCAUGACUAUAUGCGAGGCCUUGUCGACAAGUAUGAUCUCCGCAGCAACGCUACGACAAAUUGCGAAGUUGUCAAAGCAACCUGGUUAGAUGAUGAGCGUAGAUGGAAGCUGGAUUAUCGUAAUCGUCUUGAUCCUGAGCACGAGCUACAAACUGUGUAUUACGAUGUGGUGUUCGUAGCAAUUGGCUCUAUCAGAGUCCCCAAAGUUCCAGAACAAUUCAAGGCUUUCGAAGGAACAGUUGUCCACACCGCCAUGUGGGAUUCUUCGAUUGAUUUUACGGGAAAGAAGGUUGCCGUCAUCGGUAGUGGUGCGAGUGCUGUUCAAGCCGUUCCUGAAUUGUCAAAGGUUGCCUCAAAAUUGCAUAAUUAUCAGCGCACCGCCAUCUGGUGCCGUCCUCGCGGUCAAUAUGCUUACUCGGCCUUGACCAAGUUCUUGUUCCGUUGGUGCCCAUUGUUGAUGAAACUUUAUCGCCUCAAAUUCUAUCUCAUAGUAAGUCGUCAAAGCUUAAUUGCUCGCAUGGUAUCACGAUCACUUGUAAAUGCCAUGAAGAAGCGCAUUUUGAAGCAAGGCCGACCUGACCUCGUAAAGAAGCUUAUCCCCGAUUAUGCCGCUGGGUGCAAACGCAUUGCUGUCACUGAUGAUUAUCUCGAAGCAUUAUGCCGUGAUAACGUGGUCGUAGAAAAAAGUAGCAUCACAGAGGUCCAUGGUCGCACAAUUGUUACGGCGGACGGAAACAAGGAAGAAUACGAUAUCUUGGUCUUGGCUACAGGUUAUGAUGUCCAGGGCUUCCUUGGUAACUUGACUGUUCAAGGCAAGCAUAAGCAAACAUUGAACGACUCGUGGCAAGAUGCUUUCCCCGAAAUGUACAAGACCACCUGCAUUAAUGGAUACCCGAACAUGUUCAUUAUUCUUGGUCCCUCGAGUAUUUUGGGCCAUAACAGUGUCUUGACUAUGACCGAAACUCAAGUUAAUUAUAUCGUGCAAGGCUUAAAAUUGAUGGUCAAGGAGAACCUUGUUGCUUUCGAUCCAACCAAGAAGGCUCAAGACAAGUUUGUUGCUCAGCUCAAGGAUGAUCUUGAAAAUACAGUGUGGAAGAAAGGAGGUUGCAAUUCAUGGUAUGUGAACAAAGAAGGCGAUGUCACCGCCAAUUGGUCGAGUACAGUGACCCGUUUCUGGAUCAAAUUGCGUAAAUUCAAGAAUUUUGAUGAUUUCAACAUUUACAAAGAAUAAACAGACAAAGAUUAUAUUGUUUUAUGGCCUAUUAUUACUACCACUAGUAGUACCAGCACCGUCAUUACUACUGCUACCAACAGGUGCAGGUGUACUAAGCAUUAUCUCCACUGCUCGAUUCAUAUUGUUGUGACCUGCCGAAAAGGCACGCAUGAUAGUUUCUCGUGGAUG